AUGAAUGAAGUUAUUCCCGUGGCCCGGCGUCUCCCUCCCCUUGCAUACCAAAUAUCCACAGAAACGGUUUUCCUGGCUUCCAUGGCUGGAAGCGGACUCGCCUGUAGCGCUGCCUGGCAUCGGAUGCGCCGGUUUCGAAAGUCCGCAGCCGACUUGGCUUUCGAGCCACCGUGGCUGGCUCCGGGGGACGUGGACCAGGCUCGCGGAAUCCCGCAGGGCGGGGAGAGAAAAAGAGGCAAAGCCGCCCCCUCCGCGCUCUCCUCCCCGCCCUUCGCAGCGACUCGCCCCGGCGGCCCCGACCCCGGAGGUGGCAGCCGGCAGAACCCGGAGGCGCUAGGACCUGCUUGGCGCCUGGCUGCGGCCCCUUUCGGGAGGGCGGGGGAGGGCGGGGAGGAGGGGGAGACCAACCACUGGGCGGUCAAGAUCGCCGGCGGCUUCUCGGAGGCCAGCCGCAUCGCCAGCAAGUACGGAUUCACCAACAUGGGACAGAUAGGGGCCCUGAAGGACUACUACCACUUUUACCAUAGCAGGACGAUUAAAAGGUCAGUUCUUUCGAGCAGAGGAACCCACAGUUUCAUUUCAAUGGAACCAAAGGUGGAAUGGAUCCAACAGCAAGUGGUAAAAAAACGGACAAAGAGGGAUUAUGACCUCAGUCGUGCCCAGUCUACCUACUUCAAUGAUCCCAAGUGGCCAAGCAUGUGGUAUAUGCACUGCAGUGACAACACGCAUCCCUGCCAGUCUGACAUGAAUAUCGAAGGAGCCUGGAAGAGAGGCUACACAGGCAAGAACAUUGUGGUCACCAUCCUGGAUGAUGGCAUUGAGAGAACCCAUCCGGACCUGAUGCAAAACUAUGAUGCGCUGGCGAGUUGUGACGUGAAUGGAAAUGACUUAGACCCAAUGCCUCGUUAUGAUGCAAGCAAUGAGAACAAACAUGGGACCCGCUGUGCUGGGGAAGUGGCAGCCGCUGCAAACAACUCACACUGCACGGUUGGAAUUGCUUUCAACGCCAAGAUCGGAGGAGUGCGAAUGCUGGAUGGAGAUGUCACAGACAUGGUUGAAGCAAAGUCAGUUAGCUUCAAUCCCCAGCACGUACACAUUUACAGUGCCAGCUGGGGCCCAGAUGAUGACGGCAAGACUGUGGACGGACCAGCCCCCCUCACCCGGCAAGCCUUUGAAAACGGCGUUAGAAUGGGGCGGAGAGGCCUCGGCUCUGUGUUUGUUUGGGCGUCUGGAAAUGGCGGAAGGAGCAAAGACCACUGCUCCUGUGAUGGCUACACCAACAGCAUCUACACCAUCUCCAUCAGCAGCACAGCCGAAAGUGGAAAGAAACCUUGGUACCUGGAAGAGUGUUCAUCCACGUUGGCCACAACCUACAGCAGCGGAGAGUCCUACGAUAAGAAAAUUAUUACUACAGAUCUGAGGCAGCGUUGCACAGACAACCACACUGGGACGUCGGCCUCAGCCCCCAUGGCUGCGGGCAUCAUUGCACUGGCCCUGGAAGCCAAUCCGUUUCUGACCUGGAGAGACGUACAGCAUGUUAUUGUCAGGACUUCCCGUGCGGGACAUUUGAACGCUAAUGACUGGAAAACCAAUGCUGCUGGUUUUAAGGUGAGCCAUCUCUACGGAUUUGGUCUGAUGGAUGCAGAAGCCAUGGUGAUGGAAGCAGAAAAGUGGACCACUGUUCCCCGACAGCACGUGUGUGUGGAGAGCACAGACCGACAGAUCAAGACGAUCCGCCCCAACAGCGCAGUGCGCUCCAUCUACAAAGCUUCGGGCUGCUCCGAUAACCCCAACCGCCAUGUCAACUAUCUGGAACACGUCGUUGUGCGCAUUACCAUCACCCACCCCAGGAGGGGAGACCUGGCCAUCUACCUGACCUCACCCUCAGGAACCAGGUCCCAGCUGUUGGCCAACAGGUUAUUUGAUCAUUCCAUGGAAGGAUUUAAAAACUGGGAGUUCAUGACUAUUCACUGCUGGGGAGAACGAGCUUCCGGUGACUGGAUCCUUGAAGUUUAUGAUACUCCCUCUCAGUUGAGGAACUUCAAGACUCCAGGUAAAUUGAAAGAAUGGUCUUUGGUCCUCUAUGGUACUUCCGUGCAGCCAUAUUCACCAACGAAUGAGUUUCCUAAAGUGGAACGUUUCCGCUACAGCAGAGUUGAAGACCCCACAGACGACUAUGGUACAGAGGAUUAUGCAGGUCCCUGUGACCCUGAGUGCAGUGAGGUUGGCUGUGACGGGCCGGGACCAGACCACUGCAAUGACUGUUUGCACUACUACUACAAGCUGAAAAACAACACCAGGAUUUGUGUCUCCAGCUGCCCCCCUGGCCACUACCACGCUGACAAGAAGCGGUGCAGGAAGUGUGCCCCCAACUGUGAGUCCUGCUUUGGGAGCCAUGGUGACCAGUGCCUGUCCUGUAAAUACGGAUACUUCCUGAAUGAAGAAACCAACAGCUGUGUUACUCACUGCCCUGAUGGGUCAUAUCAGGACGCCAAAAAAAAUCUUUGCCGGAAAUGCAGUGAAAACUGCAAGACAUGUACUGAAUUCCAUAAUUGUACCGAAUGUAGGGAUGGGUUAAGCCUGCAGGGAUCCCGGUGUUCUGUCUCCUGUGAAGACGGACGCUACUUCAACGGCCAGGACUGCCAGCCCUGCCACCGCUUCUGUGCCACUUGUGCUGGGGCAGGAGCUGAUGGGUGCAUUAACUGCACAGAGGGUUACUUCAUGGAAGACGGGAGAUGUGUGCAGAGCUGUAGUGUCAGCUAUUACUUUGACCACGCUUCAGAGAAUGGAUACAAAUCCUGUAAAAAAUGUGAUUCCAGUUGUUUGACAUGCAAUGGCCCGGGGUUCAAGAACUGUACGAGCUGCCCCAGUGGGUAUCUCUUGGACUUAGGAAUGUGUCAAAUGGGAGCCAUCUGCAAGGAUGGAGAAUACAUAGAUGAGCAUGGCCGCUGCCAGACCUGUGACGCCUCGUGUGUCAAGUGUCGGGGGCCAACCCAGGAAGAUUGCACUGCCUGCCCUGUCACAAGGAUUUUUGAUGAUGGCUGCUGCGUUUUGAACUGUCCCUCAAGGAAAUUUGAAUUUGAGAACCGGUGCCAUCCGUGCCACCACACCUGCCGGGCAUGCCAAGGAAGUGGACCUUCCAACUGCACCUCCUGUGGAGCAGACAAGUACGGGAGAGAACGCUUCCUGUAUCAGGGGGAGUGUCGAGAGAGCUGCCCUUUGGGGCAAUACCCUGCGCAGGGGCACACCUGCCUGCCCUGCCCUGACAACUGUGAGCUCUGCCGCAGUCUACAUGUCUGCACAAGAUGCCUGAGUGGCUACUACGUAGUACCCACCAACCACACCUGCCAGAAGUUGGAGUGCGGACGGGGUGAAGUCCAAGAUCCAGACUACGAAGAAUGCAUCCCUUGUGAGGAAGGAUGUCUGGGUUGCGGCUUGGAUGAUCCGGGGACCUGCACGUCAUGCGCCACAGGGUAUUACAUGUUUGAACACCACUGUUAUAAAACCUGUCCUGAGAAGACCUACAAUGAAGAAUUGGAAUGCAAGGCAUGCGAUACUAACUGUGGCAACUGUGACCAGAAUGAGUGUUACUGGUGUGAAGAGGGCUUCUUUCUCUUGGGUGGCAGCUGUGUGAGGACGUGUGGCCCUGGCUUCCAUGGUGACCCAGAAGUGGGAGAAUGUGAGCCCUGCCACCGAGCCUGCGAAACCUGUACCGGCCUUGGCUACGACCAGUGCAGCAGCUGCAGAGAAGGACUACAGCUGCUGCAGGGGAUGUGCGUGCGGCCCGCCCAGGCCCAGGUAGAAGGCCAAUUCUGGAAUGACAUUUUGGGAAAAGACCAACCCUGUCAUUCUUCCUGUAGAACCUGCCGAGAAUCCGCGACUCUGUGCACUUCAUGUCCAAAAGGUGCGUAUCUGUUGGCCCAGGCCUGUGUUCCUUCUUGUCCCGAAGGCACGUGGCCCUCCGUAAGGAGCGGGAACUGUGAGAACUGCACGGAGGACUGUGCGACUUGCUCUGGAGCUAAUCUUUGCCAAAAGUGCCACACGCAGCUGGGCCGCCCUCUCUUCCUGCAUGAAGGCAGGUGCUACUCCAAGUGCCCUGAGGGCUUUUACGCAGACGCUGGCAUAUGUGAACGCUGUAACCCCCCUUGCAGCACGUGCAAAGGCAAUGCCACCAGCUGCCAUUCUUGUGAAGCAGGCCUCGUCCUGCACCACGGGGCGUGCCAGGAAGCCUGUCCCGAGAGGCAUGUGGCCGUGGAGGGGGUGUGCAAGCAUUGCCCAGAGAUGUGUCAGGAUUGCAUCCAUGAGAAGACUUGCAAAGAGUGCAUGCCUGAGUCCUUCCUGCACAAGGACACGUGCCAUCAGUCCUGCCCCCAAGGCUUCUACGCAGACUCACGCCACUGUGUCCCCUGCCACACAGACUGUAUGGAAUGCAACGGCCCCUCAGCCGACGACUGCGAACUCUGCCUUGAGGCCUCCUUGGUCCUCUAUAAUGGGCUGUGCUUGGACGAGUGUCCAGCGGGGACUUACCAGGACAAAGGGACUAAUGACUGCAGAGACUGCCACAAGUCCUGUGUGACCUGCUCGUCGGCUGGGACCUGCACCACCUGUCGGGAAGGCCUGAGGCGGAAUCACCACGGGGGCUGUGAUGCCCACAAGGAAUGUGCCCCCUCCGAGUACUGGGAUGCGGAGGCUCCGGGCUGCAAGCCCUGCCACCCUAAGUGCCUGCACUGCACGGGGCCCGCCCAGGAUCAGUGUCACACUUGCCCGAGGCCCAGCCUUCUUCUCAACACGACCUGUGUGAAGGAUUGCCCAGAGAGCUACUACGCCGAUGAGGACAGCCACCGGUGUGUCCCCUGCCACAGCUCUUGUAGAACGUGUGAAGGAAGUCACAGCAUGCAAUGCCUCUCCUGCCACCCCGGCUGGUUCCAGCUGGGAAGAGAGUGUCUGCUCCAGUGCAGGGAAGGAUACUACGCAGAAAACACCACUGGCCAGUGUGUGAGGUGUGACAAGAGCUGCAAGGCCUGCGGGGGUCCACGGUCCACUGACUGCCUGUCCUGCGAGACGUUCUUCUUCCUGCUCCGCUCCAAGGGAGAGUGUCGUCGAUCCUGUCCAGAGCAUCACUACGCAGAGCAAAGCACCCAGACCUGUGAGCGAUGCCAUCCGACUUGCGAUCGGUGCAAAGGAAAAGGAGCAUUGAGUUGCUUAUCCUGUGUGUGGAGUUACCACCUCAUGGGAGGAAUCUGCACCUCAGACUGUCUCGUGGGGGAAUACCGAGUGGGAAAGGGAGAGAAAUUUAACUGUGAAAAGUGUCAUGAAAGCUGCAUGGAGUGCAAGGGACCUGGCGCCAAGAACUGCACCUUGUGUCCCGCCAACCUGGUGCUGCACGUGGAUGACAGCCGCUGCCUCCGCUGUUGCAACGCCUCUGAUCCCACCGAUACCCAGGAGUGCUGUGACUGCCAGGACACCACGGACGAGUGCAUCCUUCGGACAAGCGAGGUUGGGCCUGCCGCCGGGCACUUCAAGACCGCUCUGUUUGUCACAUCCUCCAUCAUGCUGGUGCUUUUGCUUGGGGCGGCUGUGCUCGUCUGGAGGAAAUCUCGGGGCCGAGUCAGGCCAGCGGCCAAGGCCGGCUACGAGCAGCUGGCUGACCCCAACAGGUCUUUCUCCUCCUGUAAGAGCAGCUACCGAGAGAGCACCAGCUUUGAAGAAGAUCAGGUGAUUGAGUACAGGGACCGGGACUAUGAUGAGGACGAGGACGAUGACAUCGUCUACAUGGGCCAAGACGGCACCGUCUAUCGGAAGUUUAAGUAUGGGCUGCUGGAUGACGAAGGGGACGAUGAGCUGGAAUAUGAUGAUGAGAGUUAUUCCUACCAGUAA